UGUCUAGUUGUGAAUAACUUCCGACGUGUACCGGAUGUUUCCUCAGUGACAAUCAGGAAGUCGGCGUGUCGAGUGGCUCUUCCUGGCAGCUGAGUAGGGUUAAGGUCUGAGGGUCUUGUGGGGCCAGGGCGCUGAUCACCAGGUGUUUGGCUUGGUCAGCUCUUAUUUCUCGCCUGGCAAUGGCGACGUACACUUGUAUAACUUGCCGGGUGGCGUUCCGCGACGCGGACAUGCAGCGGGCCCACUAUAAGACGGACUGGCACCGCUACAACCUGCGGCGGAAGGUGGCCAGCAUGGCCCCAGUGACCGCCGAGGGCUUCCAGGAGCGAGUGCGGGCGCAGCGGGCCGUCGCGGAGGAGGAGAGCAAGGGCUCGGCCACCUACUGCACCGUUUGCAGUAAGAAGUUUGCCUCUUUCAACGCCUACGAGAACCACCUCAAGUCCCGGCGGCACGUUGAGCUGGAGAAGAAGGCGGUGCAGGCCGUGAAUCGGAAAGUGGAGAUGAUGAAUGAAAAGAACUUGGAGAAAGGACUGGGCGUGGACAGUGUGGACAAGGAUGCCAUGAACGCGGCCAUCCAGCAGGCCAUCAAGGCCCAGCCGUCCAUGUCUCCCAAGAAGGCGCCCCCAGUGCCUGCAAAGGAGGCCAGGAGUGUCGUGGCCGUGGGUACUGGUGGCCGUGGGACCCACAACCGAGACCCGAGCGAGAAACCACCCCGGCUCCAGUGGUUUGAACAGCAGGCAAAGAAGUUGGCAAAGCAGCAGGAGGAGGACAGCGAGGAGGAGGAAGAGGACCUGGAUGCAGACGAUUGGGAAGAUAUUGAUUCUGAUGAAGAAUUAGAAUGUGAGGAUACUGAAGCAAUGGACGAUGCAGCGGAGCAGGAUGCAGAGGAGGAAGAGGCUGGGGAAGGCCCACCCCUUGGUGCCAUCCCUGUCACGGACUGCUUAUUUUGUUCCCAUCAUUCCAGCUCGCUCAUGAAGAAUGUGGCUCAUAUGACCAAAGUCCACAGUUUCUUUAUUCCUGAUAUAGAAUAUCUUUCAGAUAUUAAGGGACUGAUUAAAUACUUGGGAGAGAAAGUUGGUGUUGGCAAGAUUUGCUUGUGGUGCAACGAGAAAGGGAAGUCCUUCUACUCCACAGAAGCUGUACAGGCACAUAUGAAUGACAAAAGCCACUGUAAGCUCUUCACAGAUGGCGAUGCUGCUUUGGAAUUUGCAGACUUCUAUGAUUUUAGGAGUAGCUAUCCAGAUCACAAGGAAGGGGAGGACCCCAGUGAGGCUGAGGAGUUGCCCUCAGAAAAGAACUUGGAAUAUGACGAUGAAACCAUGGAAUUGAUUCUGCCUUCUGGUGCCAGAGUGGGUCAUCGCUCCUUGAUGAGAUACUACAAACAGCGAUUUGGCUUGUCAAGAGCUGUGGCAGUUGCCAAAAAUCGGAAGGCCGUGGGCCGAGUUCUUCAGCAGUACAGAGCCCUGGGAUGGACUGGCAGCACAGGAGCGGCUCUUAUGCGAGAGCGAGACAUGCAGUAUGUCCAAAGGAUGAAAUCAAAAUGGAUGCUGAAGACAGGAAUGAAGAACAAUGCCACCAAGCAGAUGCACUUUCGGGUUCAAGUGAGAUUCUGAGAGUCUGCUGGGAUUGAGCGAUCAUCUCCUGCUCAAGUUUCCUCCUUGCCCUGAGGACCAGUGAAAGCCAGAUCACAGGAGAGACCCUUUUGCUGCUACUUCAUUCGUUCUGACCUAAUAAUAAAAGUUAGAAUCAUA